AUGCAUACCUAUAGGGCUGCCCUUGCCAACGAUAUCGGUUCCGUGCCUCAAAUCUCUCUCGACGACUUUCUUGAGUACUUCUUGCCAUCUUUGAAGAUCGAUCUGGAAGAACUCGAGGCUGUGACCGACAGACUCACCAUCGAGCAGCAGCGACUACCUGAUGCCAACAACAAUGGGAACAGCCAGGACACGGAAUCUUGCACGCCAGACAAGAGCGACCGGCAGGACAAUGCGCGCAGGCCUAGUCAAUGCGACGUUCCCGACCCAGGGACUAAUCUGGAGUCUGUCAUAGCCCAACUUGGGAGCAUCUGUGACGACGUCAUCGCUAGCUGUCAGGAGACUCACGCUGGCCUCUCAUUGACAACACGAUUGAUUCACAAUGGCGAACAACAGUCCAACCAUGGCAUCUCCGGCCUUAACGGCUCUCACUACCUUGUCAACGCUACUGGUCAUGAAAAGGAAUUAUUCAACUGUGUUUGCUACGUUCAAUACGCCUUGAACGACGACCCAAAGAGCAUAGCGGAGGCCGACCAAAACCUCAUAUGGGAACUGUACUACACCAUACAAAGAGAUGCCCGACGUCGCUUUACGCUCGGAAUGACAGUCAUCAACAGCAUUGUGCGUCUGUGGCACUUCAGCCGCGAAGUGCUGGUCGUCAGCGAAGGUUUCGACUUCAAUGAGGAUCGCAGUAUCUUGAUCGAUGUCUAUAUACGCCUCUGCUUCGCGACUAUGCCAGACCUAGGCUUCGAUUCGAUGGUGACCCUCCUGCCUCUCUGUGCCGAGCAUACCGCAGAUACACCCCAAGAAGGCAAGGAGCGUCGAUACCGAAUCUCCGUUGACGGCGUCAACUACAUCGGCGCUACGGGGGUCGCUCACCAGCAUCCAGCCCGAGCUUUCGGGAAAUGCACUCGCGUCUUCACAGCGUACAAGGAAGAUGACAGCUCCGACGAUGCACUCAUCAUCAAGGAUUGCUGGCUAUACGCCGACUGGAGGACGGAGUAUGAGAUCUACAAGGAUAUCGAAGCUGCCAUCCUCGCUUACGACUGGGCGAAUGAGUGUCAUCCUCCUCCGGAAAAUAUGCGCGACCUCAAAACUUACAAAUCCACUCGCAAGGUCGAUCCCCGCUACGGUACUUUGACCCCAGAACAACGCAUGCGAUUCUUCAGCCCUAUCCUGAGUGGCGCGAAAGUGACGGUCGACGGUCAAGAGGAUAAUACGCAAGAUACUAUCGCAAGAGGUUACCAGCUUUCGGACGAACGCAACAUGUACCCUGUUGGCUCUGGUGCUAUCGAGGGUGACGGCGAAGACGCUCGUCGGCGCCCUCUCUGGCACGCCGACAUCAAGCAGAAUGUGGAUCUCUGGGUUCCCAAAGAAGUGAUUGGUUGCUUCUUCCGCCCAAUUAAUUCUCGCACGCAUCACCGUCUGGUCAUGCAUAAGGGACAAUCGAUGUACGACAUCGCGGUUGCAAAGGAGGCAUUUAGCACUAUGACCGACGCAUCAUACGCCGUCUUCAUGCUCCACUGCAUCCAGUGGCUUCAUCGCGACAUUAGCCCUGACAACAUUUUCAGGAUGCCCGAUGGCAGGGGCGUACUCGCAGACCUCGAGUUCGCGCAACCCGCAAGCGAUCCGCGAACGUGUGAUUGCCGAGUCGGCACACCGAGCUAUAUGGCUCUGGAAGUCUCCAUGCGAAAGUACAUGUUUCCCCCCUCAUCCCCGCAAGGUAGCCCUCCAUGGCGCUAUCGAGACAAGCACGACCUGGAAUCCUUAUGGUGGCUCUCCGUGUGGCUCCUCUUCCGCCACAUCGUUGAGAAAGUCGCACAUGAAACCCACGAUCCGCCCAAAAAGGCAGACACCACUGUCAAGCAGACAGAACGCGACUGCGCACGCAUGUUCCCUGGUCGGGUCACUAUGUCGAAGGAGCGAGCUCAAGCGCUGAUCACAGAAGACGCGCUCGAGACCCAUCUGCGUCUCCUCCCACCAGCCUGGAAGAAGAAAAUGGGCCCCAAAAUAUCUCGCAUCCGGAGGAUGUUGCUCAAGGGAUACGCACCUGCAAAAAUAUCGAAGCAAUGUCAUCCUGGAGUGUGGUUGAUUGUCCACGACAUGUGCGCAGCUGGGCAAGCCAUUCGAGGUUCACUCCUUCGACCGCACCGGGUCAAGGUCGCUCAGGCGCGCGCUCCGGCGGACAACGUAUCGCCAGCACCCCUAACGCCCAUCGGAGAGGCACCCCGCUUGACCGCGGAUGAGCAAGCGGUCCCAACGACAGGCUCAGGAGAGGUUCCUAUGUACGAUGUGGGUGCAGCUGGCGCGGUGGAGAAUCAUGGAGGGGAUACAAGUUCACCUUCGCCGGAGCGGAGGGGCCGCAAGCGCAAAGCGCCCGAAGAUCCCGCAGAGCCUCGGGCCAAGGUCAAGCGCACGCGCAAGGAAGAGCGGUUCGAGGUCUAUUAUCCAUCUAAUAGCGUAUUAUAG